AUGGACCGGAGGAUGAGGGCGUUGGCUUUACGGAUGUCAAGGAAUUCGGACAUUGAAAUCCUAGGAUUAUGGCAAGAGUGGCAUUUGAAGGAGAGAUCUAUUGUCAGCCGGGUGCUGAAGACUUCUUCAGCGGGCGGGAGUGACGGGGAAGCCCCUAGAUGGCAGCCGUGCGGAGGGAGAGUGAAGAGGAGUAUAACAAGGAAAGUCAGUCAAGACAGGCUUGAGGAUUCAAAAAUUUCCUCUAUGGAGCGUGGGCUCCGAGACUUGGAAGAGGAGAUUCAGAUGCUGAAAUCGAACGGGGCUUUGAGUACUGAAGAACGAGAGGAAGAAAUGAGGCAAAUGGAGGUCUAUCGGAGCCAUUCUAAAUUUACGAAAAACAAGGUCAUGAUUGGUCAGGUGAAGCAGGAGCUGUCCAGAAAGGACACAGAACUACUAGCCCUACAGACAAAGCUAGAAACACUCACCAACCAGUUCUCAGACAGCAAGCAACACACUGAAGUGCUGAAGGAGUCCUUGACUGCUAAGGAGCCUCGAGGGCUGCCAUCCUGCAGAACGAGGUGGAUGCUCUGCGGUUGCGUUUGGAAGAGAAGGAAACCAUGCUGAAUAAGAAGACAAAACAAAUCCAGGACAUGGCUGAGGAGAAGGGGACACAAGCUGGGGAGAUCCAUGACCUCAAGGACAUGCUGGAUGUGAAGGAGCGGAAAGUUAAUGUCCUUCAGAAGAAGGUGCGCUGAAUCGACAGUCCUGAGUUUUGAAGUUUUCCUGGAGGGGACGUGAGGGGAUUUCUCCAGGAUCGAUGGAACUCCUUUUGUGGUGCUUCAGUGCUUCCACCAUGAAGCGCUCAUUUCCCUAUGCACGUCCCCCCGCCCCACCCCACUGUUUCCUUCACUCUCUCUCCUCCCACCCCCAAUUCCCAGAAGAAGAUCUAGGAAUCAGGUCCAAACAUAAGAUCUUUGGAGAAUCCUUGCGUGUGUUUUUUUAAAUUUUUAUUGGAGUAUAGUUGAUUUACAAUGUUGUGUUAGUUCCGGGUGUACAGCAAAGUGAAUCAGUUAUACAUAGACAUAUAAUCCACUCUUUUUUAGACUCUUUUCCCAUACAGGUCAUUACAGAGUACUGAGUAGAGUUCCCUGUGCUAUACAGUAGGUCCUGAUUAGUAAUCUAGUUUAUAGGUAGUGUUGUGUAUGUGUCAAUCCCAAUCUCCCAAUCUGUCCCUCUCCCCUCCCCACUUUCCCCCCCUGGUAACCAUAAGUUUGUUUUCUACACUUGUGACUCUAUUUCGAAUCCUUGUGUUUUACUCUCGUCCUGAAACUAGGUAAAGCCUAGUCAUCAAUCAACAGGUGAGGAAGUAGAGCCAGGCAUUGGUUGAGUGUUGAUGUUUCUGGUACAAGCUGACUCUCCGCUCAUCAUCCCACACCUUCAUCAGCCAUCAUCAUGCUGUCUGUCACCUCCUCUUCUCUGAAGAAGGCCCGGGCCAUCUUUUGAAAAUACAAAGUCCAGCAUUGAGACCCUCCCAACUGAGAGAGCAGGAAGGGCCAGGGCUGCUGAGGUGCUCCCUGAACCCCACUCAGGGGAUCUGUGUUGUUCCCACCUGGGUGUAUUGUGUGGACCCCUAAAAUUCCUCCAAACCUCUGCCUCUGCGCUUCCAGAUUGCCCCUGAAAGAAAUGAACAAUAAUCAUAAUACCCACCACGUACUGACCGCUGGUCUCUUGAGGGCUGCCUUGCCAUUGGACAACAUUUGUUGAGCUCCUACUGUUUGCCAGACAGCGGGUACAUGCUUUAUGUGUGUUUAGCCCUUCUGACAACACUGUGAUUUAGGACCUGUUAAUAUGUCUAUUUUGCUGAAAUGGAAACUGAGGUUCAGAGUGGUUAAAUAACAAGGAAAAGUCCAUGUUUUUACCCCCUACACUAAUAUAUAUGUAUAUUUGUGUAUAUAUAUUCUAUACAUGUAUAUUUAACAUAUAUAUGAUGUUGACUGAAAAAAAUGCACAACCUCAAAGUUGAGAAAUAUGUUUUAUUGGGUGGGCAAAACUGAGGACUUAAGCCUGGGACACAGCCUCUCAGCUCUCUCUGAGGGACUGAUCCAAAAAGGAGAGGAAGGAACCAUCAACUAUAGGAGUUUUCGCAACAAAGACCAGGUCAUCGGAACAUCGAAAGAUUCCUGUUAAUUAAAGAAAACCAGACAUCUCGAGUUAAUGAAUUUUCAGUGUUUUUCUGUGUCUGGGAAGAUGCAAAAGUCUGGGCUCACUGAAAUCCUUCCUUUGAUAUGCACCUCAGCUAUGUGGGCCAGUAUCCUGUGCUUUCUCAUCCUGAGUUCCCUCGGGGUGCACCAUCAGGGGAGGCUGUGGCAGUUGACUGCUAGAUGGUGGGCAUCCUGUUUCCAUCCUGAGUUUCCUCAGGGUUCACUCUUGGGGCGGCUAUAAUGUGAUGGCUUGAUGGCUGCAACAUCCUUUGUUUACUGAUACGGCAGGCAACAUUUUUUCAUUGACAAUUAUAUAUAUACAAUAGACACUGUUCGUAUUACAUAUAUUAUCUAUUUUACGUGCUACGUGUUUUUUAGACUCUUUGCAAAAAAACCUUGCAAGGUAGGUGUUAUUCUUUACAUUUUGUGAAAAAGAAAUUAAAGCCUCUAACAGGCUGAGAAAUUUGUCAUGUCACUACAUCACGAUUAACAAGUCAGUGAACAAGAUUUUGAAUCCAAGUAAUCCUUUUGUGAAAACAACCCCCCCCCCCCCCAAAAAAGAAACUAUGUUCUUUCCAUGCUCCAAAAUAUAUUUUGGUCAAGUGACUUAAGAAACUCUCCCUUAAGCUUGUCUAAAGCAGAAAAUAAGACAACAGUGCUUUACUGGAAAUUAUCAAAAGGCAGGAUCAAGCAGGAAUAAUGAAAGGGAGCCUGAGGUUUCGGGUGAUGAACCCACUGGCUAAAUAGGCCCCUGGAAACAGACCCACUUUUUUUUUUU